GUAGAAGCUGCCUCGUUCACUUCAUCAAAGAAUUCUUUCAAUCCGUACAAGGGUUUCAACUGAUCUCGUGUAACUUUGAACAGCCUGCGACAAAUGGCACAGCGCGGAUAUCCGGCCGAUAUGAACAGACCUUCAAGGCAGUCACGUGGCCUUCCACAGAAAGAAUGGCCACAUGGUAAUGCGACAGGACUGAGUUUGAUUUCUAAGCAGAUGUCACAUUUCAAAUUCGAAACUGAAAUUCGCUCGAUUUUUUCGGAGUUCGAUGCCAUCUAUUGGUCUAGUUAAUAGCUUGCAUAUAGAAGCAAACAAAAUAAAAUUGUCAUGUAUUUUUUUUCAGUGCUGUUCGUGCCUGACUGACUUCAAAACGUACUAUGUUUUUUAGAUUAAAUGUUGGUCUGAGAACUAAAACAUCGUGACAAAAACAAGAUUCGCUGCAAAAUGGACGGCGGUAAAUCAGAAAAUCAAGUGUUCAUACUUGUAAUAUGUAACGUAGCUGGCGAUUUUCGAAAAGCAUUUUCUAAAAUUUGGAAAGCAUGCGAGAAAGUUAAAAGUCUGGACGUGUUUGUCAUCGGAGAAUUUUUCAGUAAUCGAUUUCCGAUGACAUCAAAGCUGAUUGAGGCGGUGAUAAGCGAGGGCAACAAACUACCCUGUCCGAUCAAUGUGCUCAUGUCUUCGAAAGAAGUAGAGAGUUUAGGCGAGCAUAAGGAGCAACUUGGUGAUAAUAUCCACAUAUCAACAGGUCUUAACUGCUUCAAGACCGCGUCUGGCAUCAAGGUAAUAUACUGGACCGAGGAAGUUAACAAAGAAAACGACACAGAAAUGGCCACUGAUUUGAGCGACGCCCUAACACGACUAGCAGCUUCAAAAUGCGACAUCCUACUUACAUCCUCUUUUCCAAUGGGAGUGUACAAUUUCACCAUCGAUCCGUUGGAGUCGAAGAAAUUCGCAAGUUUGACUCUCUCGAAACUAGCUAAAGCAGUUUGUCCGAGAUAUCAUUUCUGUCCAAACCCUAAGGGCGAAUAUCAUCAGAGACAUCCGUAUAGAAACGAGAAUGUGUUGGCAAUGAAGAAAAGUAACCAUACGAGGUUUAUAACUUUAGCUGAUGUGGCAAGUAAGAGUUCGCAAAAAUGGGCGUAUCUUUUUGGAAUUGAUUUGAAUAAACUAGAAGCUUGUGAUAUCCAAACUGAAUGUCCAUAUACAGCAUCUUUAUUGAAGGGAACCGAACCAAAUAGUGGAAAUCACAAUUCAUCUUUAAGCUCAGAACAGACUAAUGCUAGUUUCAGAUGGUCAAGUUCAACGGAGGAUAGUUUCAAUGAAAAUGGUCCUAAAAAUAAGCGACCGAAGACAUCUUUGAACCACAAAAUCGAGAGAGAAUGUUGGUUCUGUUUGAAAACCGAAGCAUGUGAGAAACACUUGAUCGUUCAUGUAAACGAAAGCAGUACUUUCUACUUGGCGUUGGCCAAAGGUGCAAUACAUCCGGAUCAUUUAUUAAUAGUACCAGUUGAUCAUCAUAAAAGUGCGGCGAUGUUGCCGGAAGAUUUGCAGCAGGAUUUGGAAACAUUGAAAACGCAGGUGUUCAAAUUUUUUGAAAACCAAGAAAAAGACUGCGUCAUUUUUGAGAGGUCUUAUACACAAGUUCACUUUGUGUUACAAGUGGUGCCUGUUAGGCGAUCUGUGUCUAAGAAUUUGUUGCCCGCGUUUCAGUCGCACGUUAAUAAAAUCAAUGGAAUAGCGGUUGAAACUAUCAAAGCGCCAGGUACUUUGAAAAGCGCCUACGAAAAGAGCGAUAGAUGUAAUUAUUUUCACGUAGAGUUUCCGUCUGGUGAAGAGUUUUUCAUACCGUUGAGAAUAUCGAAUUUCCCAAUAAAUUUUGGCAGACAGUUCAUAUGCGACCCGGAGGUGCUGAAUUGUCCUCGAGCGGCUGACUGGCGAUCGUGUGUUUUGUCCAAGACGGAAGAAGAGGAGAAUCGGAACAGCAUCAAAGAUUCCUUCGGGAAGUUUGUGGUCGAAUUUGCUUCGGCAGAUAUUUGAUUGAGAUAUAAAACUUGUAGUUAUUUGUUAUAUUGUUUGCUAGAAAGUCUGUUGAUUAAAGAAAAAAAUGAUUAUUUACAAAUUCCACGUUGCUCUGCGAUCGCAAUAUCUAACCAUCGUAAACAAAUUAUUAAGGUUUCAACUUUGGGAUGUGUUACUUAUAUUCAAGCGUUAGGUCAAU